GCAGGUAGCGGGAGAGCCGGGUCCAAUGGGUGCCGGCUCCCGAGGAGAGGGAGGAGGAGAGGAGGAAGGAGGCGACUUCUGGGCCCCGGCCCCAUUCAUUGCAGCGGCGGGGCGGGCGGGGGGGGGUCUCGUGUCUUCUGAGUCAUGGAGGCGCUAAUUCCUGUCAUCAACAAGCUCCAGGACGUCUUCAACACCGUGGGCGCCGAUAUCAUCCAGCUGCCUCAGAUCGUCGUAGUGGGAACACAGAGCAGUGGGAAGAGCUCAGUGCUAGAAAGCCUAGUGGGGAGGGACCUGCUUCCCAGAGGUACUGGUAUUGUGACCCGGAGACCUCUCAUUCUGCAACUGGUCCAUGUUUCACCAGAGGAUAAACGAAAAACAACAGGAGAAGAAAAUGACCCUGCUUCAUGGAAAAACUCAAGACACCUUUCUAAAGGGGUGGAUGCAGAAGAAUGGGGUAAAUUUCUUCACACCAAGAACAAGCUUUACACAGAUUUUGAUGAAAUUCGACAAGAAAUUGAAAAUGAAACAGAAAGAAUUUCUGGAAAUAAUAAGGGAGUAAGCCCUGAACCAAUACAUCUGAAGAUUUUUUCACCCAGUGUUGUCAAUUUGACACUUGUGGAUUUGCCAGGAAUGACCAAGGUGCCUGUAGGUGAUCAACCUAAGGAUAUUGAGCUUCAAAUCAGAGAACUUAUUCUCCGGUUCAUCAGCAAUCCAAAUUCCAUUAUCCUUGCUGUCACUGCUGCUAACACAGAUAUGGCAACAUCAGAGGCACUUAAAAUUUCAAGAGAGGUAGAUCCAGAUGGUCGCAGAACCCUGGCUGUAAUCACUAAACUUGAUCUCAUGGAUGCCGGUACUGAUGCCAUGGACGUACUGAUGGGAAGAGUUAUUCCAGUGAAACUUGGAAUAAUUGGAGUAGUAAACAGGAGCCAGCUAGAUAUUAACAAUAAGAAGAGUGUGGCUGAUUCAAUCCGUGAUGAAUAUGCUUUUCUUCAAAAGAAAUAUCCAUCUCUGGCCAAUAGAAAUGGAACAAAGUAUCUUGCUAGGACUCUAAACAGGUUACUGAUGCAUCACAUCAGAGAUUGCUUACCAGAGUUGAAAACAAGAAUAAAUGUUCUAGCUGCUCAGUAUCAGUCUCUUCUAAAUAGCUAUGGUGAACCUGUGGAUGAUAAAAGUGCUACUUUACUCCAGCUUAUCACCAAAUUUGCUACAGAAUACUGUAACACUAUUGAAGGAACUGCAAAAUAUAUUGAAACUUCAGAGCUAUGUGGUGGUGCUAGAAUUUGUUACAUUUUCCAUGAGACUUUUGGGCGAACCUUAGAAUCUGUUGACCCCCUUGGUGGCCUUAACACUAUUGACAUUUUGACUGCCAUUAGAAAUGCUACUGGUCCUCGUCCUGCUUUGUUUGUGCCUGAGGUUUCAUUUGAAUUACUGGUCAAGCGGCAGAUUAAACGUCUAGAAGAGCCCAGCCUCCGUUGUGUGGAACUUGUUCAUGAGGAAAUGCAAAGGAUCAUUCAGCACUGUAGCAACUACAGUACACAGGAAUUACUACGUUUUCCUAAACUUCAUGAUGCCAUAGUUGAAGUAGUGACUUGUCUUCUUCGUAAAAGGUUGCCUGUUACAAAUGAAAUGGUCCAUAACUUAGUGGCAAUUGAAUUGGCUUAUAUCAACACAAAACAUCCAGACUUUGCUGAUGCUUGUGGGCUAAUGAACAAUAAUAUCGAGGAACAAAGGAGAAACAGGCUAGCAAGAGAAUUACCUUCAGCUGUACCACGAGACAAGUCUUCUAAAGUUCCAAGUGCUUUGGCACCUGCCUCCCAGGAGCCCUCCCCUGCUGCUUCUGCUGAGGCUGAUGGCAAGUUAAUUCAGGACAGCAGAAGAGAAACUAAAAAUGUGAGUCUCUUGCUUCAAAAUGGAAAUGUUGCAUCUGGAGGUGGUGGGGUUGGAGAUGCUGUUCAAGAACCAACAACAGGUAACUGGAGAGGAAUGCUGAAAACAUCAAAAGCAGAAGAGUUAUUAGCUGAAGAAAAAUCAAAACCAAUUCCAAUCAUGCCAGCCAGUCCACAGAAAGGCCAUGCUGUGAAUCUGCUGGAUGUGCCAGUUCCUGUUGCACGAAAAUUAUCUGCUCGGGAACAGCGAGAUUGUGAGGUCAUUGAACGACUCAUCAAAUCCUAUUUUCUCAUUGUCAGAAAGAAUAUUCAAGACAGUGUGCCAAAGGCAGUAAUGCAUUUUUUGGUUAAUCAUGUGAAAGACACUCUUCAGAGUGAGUUAGUAGGACAACUGUAUAAAUCAUCCUUAUUGGAUGAUCUUCUGACUGAAUCUGAGGACAUGGCACAGCGUAGGAAAGAAGCAGCUGACAUGCUAAAGGCAUUGCAAGGAGCUGGUCAAAUUAUUGCUGAAAUCCGAGAGACUCAUCUUUGGUGAUGAGAACUAUAUAAUCCUGAGACUUUGUUGACUCAACCUGCUAGUUACUGCCUACUUGAGUAGAAUUUUAUUUAUGAACUCCUGCGUAUUGCAAUGGUAUGAAGCUGCUCAUGUGAAGACUGGCUAUAACCUGAAAAGUGUACUCUGUACUGGAGAACAAAUCACACAUUUAAUCCAAAUAAUAAAUGGCUGUUUCUAAAGUUUCCCAAUACAUAUGAAAUA